AUGUUUUCCAUGCUUACUGGGCUCUUCAGAAGAGCUCCUGCGGCAAAAACAGCCGCAAGAGUGAUCACAACGAGAAAAAACUCGAUCUUUAUGCCGUUGGUCUGGAUAGAUUGUGAAAUGACGGGUCUCAAUGUGGAGACUGACCAUAUCAUAGAGAUCUGCUGCAUCAUCACUGACGGUAACUUAAACGUCGUUGACCCGGAGGGCUAUGAGUCUACUGUGUAUGUUCCCAAACGAACUUUGGAUAACAUGAACGAAUGGUGUGUCAACCAGCAUGGCAAGUCUGGCCUCACAUCGAAGGUAUUGGCCAAUCCUCAGCAGACUUUGCGUAAAGUCGAGAACGAGUUGCUUGAGUAUAUUCAAAAAUACAUACCAGAGCCACGCACGUCUUUAUUGGCAGGCAACUCUAUUCACAUGGACAAGUUCUUCAUGAUGAAGGAGUUCCCUCGCGUGAUUGAACACCUUCAUUACCGCUUGAUGGACGUUUCGACCAUCAUGGAGAUGGGCAUGCGUCAUAACCCUAAGCUCAUGAAACGGUUCCCUAGGAAGAAGGGUAAUCACACCGCAAGAUCAGACAUUUUGGAGUCCAUUGCUCAGUUGAAGUGGUAUAGGGAGCAUUAUCUUCGUGGGCCUGAAGAGACAAGUGAAGAGAAGGCGAAGACAGACAAGGAAACCACGACAGAAUCUUCUGAGAAGCGCAAGCUAGAAGAGGACGUUUUGCUGCCCGCAAAUAGCGCCUCACCCAAGCCUAAACAGCCUCGAGUGAUGGUGGAGAAGUCAUUUGAAGAGACAGAGGACGGUGAGAUACGAGAGAUCGAGAGAACAACGAUCAUUUCGAGGUAG